AUGGCUUCUUCGGAUAACGGCCCUCUCGAGGCGGCCUCCGCCAGAUCUGAAUCCAAUGGCGCGGCUCUCGACGGAUCGGCGGCGGCGGGGUAUCUGGAGUCGGUGCCGGCGUCGAUCUGGGAUCGCCGGCGUGUGGCUCUGAUCACGGGGAUCACGGGGCAGGACGGAUCGUACCUGACGGAGCUGCUGCUGGGGAAAGGAUACGAGGUCCACGGCCUCAUUCGCCGGUCCUCGAACUUCAACACCACGCGGCUGGAUCACCUCUACAUCGACCCGCACAACGUCGGCAAGGCGCAGAUGAAGCUCCACUACGCAGAUCUCAGUGACGCCUCCUCCCUCCGCCGCUGGAUCGACGUCUUGCUCCCCGACGAGGUGUACAACCUGGCCGCUCAGUCGCACGUCGCCGUGUCCUUCGAGGUCCCCGACUACACGGCGGACGUCGUCGCCACCGGUGCCCUACGCCUCCUGGAGGCCGUCCGAUCUCACCUGGCCUCCAAUCCCGGGCGUUCGAUCCGUUACUACCAGGCCGGGUCCUCUGAGAUGUUCGGCUCCACCCCUCCCCCGCAGUCGGAGUCCACCCCUUUCCACCCCCGAUCGCCCUACGCCGCGGCUAAGUGCGCCGCCCACUGGUACACCGUCAACUACCGGGAGGCCUACGGCCUCUUCGCCUGCAAUGGCAUCCUCUUCAACCACGAGUCUCCCCGCCGCGGCGAGAACUUCGUCACGCGGAAGAUCACCCGGGCCGUCGGCCGCAUCUGCGUCGGCCUCCAGAGCAAGCUCUUCCUCGGCAACCUGAGCGCCUCCCGGGACUGGGGCUUUGCCGGAGACUACGUCGAGGCCAUGUGGCUGAUGCUGCAGCAGGAGAAACCCGACGACUUCGUGGUCGCUACCGAGGAGUCGCACACGGUGGAGGAGUUCCUGGAGGCGGCGUUCGGCUAUGUGGGCCUCAACUGGAGGGACCACGUGGUGAUCGACGAGCGCUACUUCCGCCCCGCCGAGGUCGACAACCUCAAGGGCGACUCCGCCAAGGCCCGGCGGGUGCUCGGCUGGAAGCCCCGCGUGGGCUUCCCGGAGCUGGUGCGGAUGAUGGUCGACAGGGACCUGGAGCUCGCCAAGAGGGAGAAGGUCCUCGCGGACGCCGGAUACAUCGAUCCUCAACAGCAGCCUUGA